GCGCCAAUCAGUGCGUGUAUAUAUAUCGAUACCCUAACACUUUUGCUACUGCUGUGGAAUCUGGGGGAGGUGGGACCAGUUUAAAGUCACACUGGAGAGGAAAUCGAGUCAGCGGCUUUCUUUCAACAGCUGUUUUUUAGGCAGGAGGCCUUCCUCCCUCCCCCUCAAAGCAUACCCUCCUCGCACUCACACACAACUAGCCCCCUCCCCUCCUUACAUCUGUCACUGGCCUUUACCCGCUGACGGCAGACGUCCCCUCUGUCACUCAGGACAAGCCUGCGUGUUGUGAGGAGGAGGAGGGGGGAUAUCUUCCACGCUGCUUAGUUGACAGACUGAGGACAGUUGUUUUCUGGUCCUGUGGCAACCGGAGAGAAGGCCAGCGGUCAGCAAACGCAGAGGGCCCCCUCACCCACCUCCACUCUCUUGCGUCUACGGGGCACUUCUUCUCGAAAAGGAAGAGAGGCAGAUGAAGGACGGUCUCCGCCAGUCUCCCCCCUCCACCAACUGAACCCGGACGGAGCCCUCCACCACAUCUGGAAGCUGCAGGCAAAUGACAUGAACUAAGAGGAACGACGAACGGGGGGAGUUUUUUUUUUUUUUUUGGUUUUUCUUUUUUUUUUUUUUUGGUUAUUUCAUGGUCGUACCGUGAAGGCGAGAGCGGAUUCAAAGACGGGCACCCUUUCUGCGCAAGAGCCUCCUCUGGAUUUAUAGGAACCAUGGGCCGGAAAAAGAUCCAGAUCCAAAGGAUUACGGAUGAGCGGAACAGACAGGUGACGUUCACCAAGCGCAAGUUUGGCCUGAUGAAAAAGGCCUACGAGCUCAGCGUCCUGUGCGACUGCGAGAUCGCCCUCAUCAUCUUCAACCACACAAACAAACUGUUUCAGUAUGCCAGCACCGACAUGGACAAAGUGCUGCUGAAAUACACAGAGUACAACGAGCCUCACGAGAGCCGGACUAAUGCAGAUAUUAUAGAGACAUUAAGAAAGAAAGGUUUUAACGGGUGUGACAGCCCCGAACCGGACGGGGAUGACUCCAUUGACCAGAGCCCUCUCAUGGAAGACAAAUAUCGCAAAGCCAGCGAGGACUUGGACAUACUGUUCAAACGCUAUGGCUCUGCAGUUCCAGCCCCCAAUUUCGCCAUGCCGGUGACGGUCCCUGUGAGCAAUCAAAAUGCACUGCAGUUCAACCAAGCCGGUCAGCUCGUCACACAGUCCCUGAUGACUUCAUCGCUCACAGACCCGCGACUCCUGUCUCCACAGCCACCCUCUCUACAGAGGAACACAGUAUCUCCGGGGCUACCUCAGAGGCCAGCCAGUGCAGGUGCAAUGCUCGGGGGAGACCUAAACAACUCUAAUGGAACCUGUCCAAGUCCUGUAGGUAACGGCUACAUCAGCGCACGAGCCUCUCCGGGCCUCAUAUCCAACGGCAACAGCAUGGGUAAAGUUCUCCCGGCCAAGAGCCCUCCGCCUCCCUCCCAGAACAAUCAGCUCGGCAGCAACAGUCGCAAACCCGACCUGCGCGUCAUCACCUCACAGAGCGGCAAAGGAUUAAUGCAUCAUUUGGAGAGGGAAGAACUUCUGAAGAGCAUAAGUGUGCAUGAGGCCUUACAGUUUUUCACGGAGGAGCAGUUGGAGAUGAACGCACAGCGGUUAGGAGGAGCGUCGCAAGCAGCACACUCUUUAACCACCCCGGUUGUUUCGGUGGCAACGCCCAGUUUACUGUCCCAUCAUGGACUGCCUUUCUCCGCCAUGUCCACAGCGUACAACACAGAAUACCAGCUGACCAGCGCAGACUUAUCUUCCCUUCCUACGUUCAGCUCUCCGGGAGGGUUGUCGCUCGGCAACGUGUCCGCCUGGCAACAGCAGCAGCAACAGCAUCAUCAUCAACAGCACCACCAAGCGCAGCAGUUGAUCCCCGUGUCACUAAGCAACUUGGUUAAUGUAUAUACAAAUGAUGGAGGAAGUAGAAACUUGCUCAAAAGGGAAAAAGAGGACUUUAUGGGCACAACACGAGGCACAACGGAUAUAUACUGGUCCGGAGGUCAGCUAUCGCACACUGCCACCCUGACGGUCAACACCAACCCCAACAUCCACAUCAAGAAGGAGCCGCCGUCGCCUAACCGAGAACGGAACACGGGCACCCCUUUGACGUCCUUCUCCCACCAGAGCCGGCACGAUGCCACGGGCCGCUCUCCCGUCGACAGCCUCAGCAGCAACGCCAGCUCCUUUGAAGGCAACGACCGAGAAGAUGGGAGGCCCGACUACACCUCAUCUCUCGGGCUCCUUAGACCCUCGGCCGAAGCAGAGGGCGAUAGCCCGUCUGUAAAGCGCAUGCGGCUUGACGCAUGGGUAACAUAACUUGCUCCUUGGCAGCACCCUGAAGCUUCGUUCUUUUGCUCGCCCGAAAAGAGCGAGUUGAAAGGAUGAGGUGCUGCUUGUGGAGGGUGGGACGGAUGGGGGUGGGGGCGGGUUAGUCACCAGUGAGGUCUAAUGCUGUAGGGUGGGUACCUAUCAUUAACUGCCUGAGAUAUAGCUUUAGUAUUUGGUAGGCAUUCUUCCUAGUCCAACGCUUUGGGCAAUGUCUGCAGGUGGCACCAGACUCCAUGGCUUUGCCGAGUACAACACCAAAAAAAAAAAAAUCCCCCCCAACGCUUAUCCUUCACGUCUCAUUAACCGCACAGCUGCUAAAAGAACACCUCCAUCUCCUUCCUUUGCACCACAGGGCAAACUUUCCCUCGCCCCGAUCUGCCACGGGGCCCACUCACUGCUGGGGCAGCUUUAAGUUCCGAGGUGGAGAAGCCAGUGACGGCGACAAUGCUGUAUCUAUAAAAAUGGUUAACUGCCACGUAGGCGAGGUCCUCAUUGUGCAACUGGUCUUGAGCCGCAACAUAGCGAGGUUUUCAAAUUCAAGAGACUUACCAUUGGAAAUUCCUCUGCUCCUCCUUGCAAGUAGUCCUCCCCACAGUCCCAAACCUGGAGCUUUUCCUACACGGGAGCUGCCCCCCCCCCCACCCUGGGUGAAGGGACCGUCCAGAUACCAACUCAGCCUACAAACCACCAAAACAUAUCAGAUACAAAGAAGUAUGCCUGCACUGUAACCCCCCCCCCGCCAACACUGCAAGCCAUGGAGCUCUAUGAAAUGCAGACAUUGCCACCGUAAAAAAACAAACAAAAAAAAGAAAAAAGAAAAAAAACAAGAAAUAUAUAUAAUAUAUACAUAUAUAUUUAUUCUUUUAAAUGCGGUAUUCUUAUUUUGGUGGAACGAGCUCAGUCUAUGAUUUCACUUAACGAAAAAAAGGAGCCUCGAAGGAGGGGUUGGCUGAUGCCCCCAGAACGCACAGCUUGACGCGCUGCGGGAUCUACAUAGGGAUCUCAAAAGUGGCCAUUUACAAGUGGGGGGGGAAAAAAAGGAAGCCUAAGCUUGUCCCCCACUAUUUUUAAUUUUCGUAAGUGAAAUCAUAAUUUUUUUUUUCAAUCUUUUAUAAUUUUAAGCUUCUUCUAUUCUGGAAAGGAAGGCUUGGAAUUAAAAGGAUAUAUUACGCUUACUGGGGGUCCAGGUGCAGCCAUAGCAGCCCAGUCAUUGCCACGACCGCGCGCCAACCGUGAUAACGGUUGCAAAAACGGGAGGGGGUUAAACUAUUUUUUGCUGCUACUUUUAAUAUGUAAAUCCUGACAACAUUUUUGAUCGUAGGUUUGAAUGGAAUUGGAUGGCAUUUGUUAAACCGGGUUUCCCUAACCGUAAUAAUGUUUUUAAAAUGUUCAAAAUUUCAUAAAAACAAGGAGAAUGGUAAAGUGGCUCGUGACACUUUGUAGGAUUUUUUUUUUUUUUAUAAUAUUUUAAAAUGUUCAAAAAUUCAUAAAAACGUGGAGAAUGGUAAAGUGUCUUGUGACACUUUUUAGGAUUUUUUUUUUUUAUAAUAUUUUAAAAUAUUUUAAAAUGCAUAAAAACAAGGAGAAUGGUAAAGUGGCUUGUGACACUUUGUAGGAAAAGAAAUGAUUAAUAUUUUGAAAUGUUCAAAAAUUCAUAAAAAUUUGGAGAAUUGUGGCUUGUGACACUUUUUAGGAAAAAAAAUAAUAUUUGAAAAUGUAUAAAAACAAGGAGAAUGGUAAAGUGGCUUGUGACACUUUUUAGAAUUUUUUUUUUUAUAAUAUUUUAAAAUAUUUAAAAAUGCAUAAAAACAAAGUGGCUUGUGACACUUUUUAGGAAAAAAAAUAAUAAUAUUUUAAAAUAUUUUAAAAUUCAUAAAAACGUGGAGAAUGGUAAAGUGGCUUGUGACACUUUGUAGGAUUUUUUUAAAUAAUAUUUUAAAAUGUUCAAAAAUUCAUAAAAACGUGGAGAAUGGUAAAGUGGCUUGUGACACUUUGUAGGAUUUUUUUUUUUUAUAAUAUUUUAAAAUGUUCAAAAAUUCAUAAAAACUUGGAGAAUGGUAAAGUGGCUUGUGACACUUUUUAGGGAAAAAAAUAAUAAUAUUUUAAAAUAUUUAAAAACGUGGAGAAUGGCUUGUGACGCUUUUUAGGAAAAAAAUUAAUAAUAUUUUAAAAUAUAUUAAAAUGCAUAAAACAAGGAGAAUGGUAAAGUGGCUUGUGACACUUUGUAGGAAAAAAUGUAAUAAUAUUUUAAAAUGUUAAAAAAAAAAAAAAAUCAUAAAUUCAGGAGAAUGAUAAAAUGGCCUGUGACACUUUUUGUAGGGGGGGAAAAAAUUAAAAAGUCAAAAUAGUGGCAGCGUUUUUUUGUACAACCCAGCUAGCUACGUGCAACUACACAGUAAGAGCACUUGAAGGUAUUUUGCACCUGCAAAAAAAGUAAAAACAGUUUAUAUUUAACAUUAAUUUUUUUUUAUUUUUUAUGAAAAGCUAAAAAAAUUAUAAUUUUCCAGUUCAUGGCAGCAAACUGUUGAGGACAACAGGGCCUAGCAAAAACGAUGGAUUAUUUUUGUGCAUUUUGAUGCACUGAAAAAGCAUCUGGGGUUGCCAGAGACCUUCUUUUUUUUUUUAAACUCAAAUUUUUUAAAACAUUUAAUCUUUAUAUCAAGUUUAAAACAACAAACAAGUUAAGGUUAAAAAAAAAAA